CGCAAGCACCGCAGCCAUUCAACGGGUGCCGCAGGUCAGUUCCUCGGUGUCAGGUAGUUCAGCGUGAAGUGAUGGAAGUAAAACUACUGAGAGAGCUGACUAGAUCAUCUCACUUUUUAACAAAAUUAUGCCUGUGCCAAGGCCUUCGUAAAUCUAGACUUCCAACACUAAAACUAAGCGGUGAUGCUGAGAAGAUACCAUACCAAACUCUAGCAGCCAGCCGAUGCUUGGACUUGCAUGCUCCUGAAAUUCCUUCCGUUUGCUUGACAAAUCUAUGUGCAGGAAUCAAGAACUGGCAGAUGUCAAGAGGAGAUGUAACUAUGUCAGAAAAGACUGUGAAUCACUGGAUUAGGGAGGUGUUGCCCCCAUUCAGGGAACAUUUUGGUUCUGUUGCACCUAUAAACAACAACCCCUUAGGCUGGAGUGCUAAAAAGCUGUUCGAAAUUCCAAAAAGAUGUUAUUCAGUUGUAUCAACUGGUCAGACAAUACCAAAACAAAAUAUUGUACCCUCUAAGAGGCCACCAAAGGCACCUAGGACCAAACAGCCCUCCAGAUCUACCAAGCCACUGUUUUCUGAAGCUGAGGAUCAGAUGCAGUGCAUAGCCUAUGCAACAGCAGAUGAGUAUCAUCUUGGUAAUCUGUGUGAGGACCUGUCUGCAGAGGGAUAUAUUGAAAUAAGUCUGCCUAAAGAUGCAGCAAACAUUUUGGUGAUUGGCACAGAAAACUCUGCAAAAGAAUACGAUUCUGGAAUGAUCUUUUUAUUCAGGGAAGGGUCUGUCGUGUUUUGGAAUGUGGAAGAUAAAACUGUGAAAAACAUAAUGCGACUGCUAGAGCGGCAUGAAAUUCAGCCUUAUGAAAUUGCACUGGUCCACUGGGAGAAUGAAGAGCUUAACUACAGGAGAGGAGAGGGGCAGUCAAAGCUUCAUAGAGGAGAAAUCUUGUUAAAUUCUGAUCUGAGUACUGAUGAAGAUAUUCUGGAGAAAUUUGCUUUUUCAAAUGCUCUUUGUCUGUCUGUAAAGCUGGCAAUAUGGGAGUCAUCUUUGGACAUGUUUGUGGAAUCUAUCCAGUCAAUUCCUGAGAAACUAAAAUCAAGAAAAAAGGUGAAACUCUCUCAUGCUGAUGUAAUGCAAAAAAUUGGGGAACUCUUUGCCUUAAGACAUCGUAUAAAUCUGAGUUCAGAUUUGCUGAUAACUCCUGACUUCUACUGGGACAGAGAGCACCUGGAGCAGCUUUAUGACAAAACCUGUCAGUUCCUCAGUAUUGCUCGCAGAGUGAAGGUAAUGAAUGAGAAACUGCAACAUUGUAUGGAGCUGACAGACUUGAUGCGCAAUCACCUGAAUGAAAAGCAUGCCCUGCGCUUGGAGUGGAUGAUAGUCAUACUUAUCACCAUAGAGGUCAUGUUUGAACUUGUCAGCAGAGUUUUCUGACCAAAGUGGAAGCUAAGAAUUUUGAAAAAUAUGACAGGAUUUUGAAGAUCAUAUUCAGAACUGAAAAAUCCUUUCCCCCAUCUCUAGUGUCUGUAUAUUUCUGAAAAACUUCUGUACUCACUUUCUAAAUAUAUGCCUGUAUAUCUGCUUUUUCAAUAAAAAAUUGAACUUAAU